GCAGCCGGAAGUAGGUGAUGGUGCCUGGUGGACCCGACCUGGUUGGGGACCAGCCGCCUAUUCCAUGCGGGCCCGGAGGGGUCUCUCCCACAAAACAACUGAGAAACGCCCUUCCAAGAAGCUGAAAUGUGAGAAGAGAGGUCUGGCAAAGGUAGAGCUCCAAGGAGCUGACAUUCGUGGGAGCACCAGCUGUGCCCUCCUCUUCAAGGAGCCCACUGAACCACCUCCCUUGGAAGCGAGUUUGCCGGAGCGCCAGACAAUGCUGCAGAAUGAAGGGAAAGUGAUUCCCAAAGCGAUGGAAGAGGCGCUGGGCAACCAAGGCAGUCCCUGCACGAAGCCGCUGGAGCCGGGUGCCAGUGGCCGCUUCCCAAAGGCUGGUGGGGAGCCGCUCUGUGUCCAGAAUGCAGCGGAGCAGGAGGAAGAGGAGGAGGAAGAUGAAGAGGAGGAGGAUGGGGCUGGAUUGUCUGAUGACUCGGAGAUGGAACCGGAGGACGUGCAGCGCCAGGUGAUCGAGGUCGACAACAGCGCCUUCUUGAACGAGGACAGCAACCAGCCACUGCCAGUGGACCGGUUCUUUGGCAGCGUGGCAUUCAUGCAGGACCUCCCAGCUGCUCCUCUGACACGGGCUCUUACCAGUAGGCGGGAGUUCAGGAAGGCACACUUCAUAGCCAAGGAGGAGGAGGAGGAGGAAGAGGAAGAGGAGGAGGAGGAGGUGGUCCUUUGAGGACCAAGCAUACCUUGUCACCUUUCCUGUUGCUGUAUCUGCUUUCCCAGCACAAUGACAACCACCUCCGUCUCUCAUUGCCAUGGCAUCUUCUGGAGGAGUAUUUCCUUCCUGGACAGGUAACCAUCCCAGUCUGGCACUCAGGGAACCGGCAAGGUCCAGGAGCCAAAGACAACAGGAGAGGACCCCUCGCCCCCCCACACACACGCACGCACCCCAUGCCUGGCUCAUGGGAAGGCUGCCCAAGUCACGGUUGCUCACAGUGGGAAAGGAGACGCCAGCAGCUGCCAAAGGCAGUGCGAAUUCUCCUCAGAUUCUUCCCUGCGACUUCUUCUUGGACCUGGAAGUGCAUUGCCGACUUGGCCCCUCCUUGUCAACCGGCUGUGUGAACUUAGUCUGCACCUGUCAUAAUCUGGAGCAGCCUGCGGGCUUUGGGACCACUGGCAUUCGGUCGCGCUCAUAAACCUUCUCACGGGGCACCGGAGAGAUCCUUCGCCAGGAUGUGCUGGCUGCAGUUCCCGGCCCCACAGCCCUUCUUUCCAAAGCAGCAGUGAUCCUUUUCAGUUCUUGGACUGCUAGUUGUCAGGUGAGCGCUCACGAACCUUUGUAGAAGACUAAUUAAAAAGACGGAAUGCGACUGUC